CGAAACCAUCCAUUGACAAGCCCAAGCCGACGACGGCACGCGGCACAGCUCUCUCAUUUCAAGCCCCCACCACCAAGAAAGAGGCCACGAUCCACAGCCCGCAGCGCACCAUGUUCACCAUCAAAGACAAAGCCGACCGGGGCACACUCUCCGACACCUCCGCCGGCGCCGCAGUCUACAGCCCGCUCCUGCUACGCUUCAUCUACGACCACCUGGUGCUCGGGCUGUACAUGGCACUCGCCUGGUGCUGCCCCACACGCAGCAUACUGCUCCCCUUCUUCCAGGCCCACGCCUCGCCCGCGCGCCGCGUCCUCGACAUCGGCGUCGGCACGGGCUAUUUCCCCGCGCGCGCGACGCUCCCCAACGUCAACGAGCUGGUCCUCGUGGACCUGAACCCGCACUGCCUGGACGAAGCGGGCGGGCGGGCGCGCAAGGCGCACCCCGGGCUCGCGGUGCGCACGGCGAAAGGCGACUUUCUUGCGCGGCGGGGCCUACAGGCCGCGGAAGUGACGCGGGGCGGCGAGAAGUUCGACGCCAUCUCUGUUAUGCUGCUGCUGCAUUGUUUGCCGGGGCCGACGGCGCGGAAAGCGGCGGCGCUGGUGCGGGUGGGGCGGCAGUUGCUGGAGGCGGAGCGGGGGGUGUUGUUCGGGGCGACGAUUCUGGGCAAGGGCGUCGAGCAGAAUGCGUUUGGGCGGUUUUUGAUGUGGUGGCAUAAUGCGGUGGGGGUGUUUGAUAAUUGGGGGGAUGAUGUGGAGGGGUUUGUGGGGCCGUUGGAGGAGGCGUUUGAGACGGUUCGGUGGCGCGUUGUUGGACGGGUGCUGUUGUUUGAGGCGAGGGGGGUAAGGCGGGUGGCGUAGGUUUUGGAGAUGGCUGUUUGGGGUGGUGGUUGGGCUGUGGUAGAUUGUAGAUUUUGGGUGUUAAUUCUGUCUUGUACCUCAACCACAACAUUGUUCCUGAGCGUGCCUUCUUCCAACGUGCUGACGUGAGAGGCUGAGCGGAUAGACAGUACGUCCAUAAUCCCCGCAUUAUUUCCGUCUUACUCUGCGUGGGGCUCCCCGGGAUCCGCCUUACGGGAGGUGGGUCCUCC